UUGCAGGGUUUGGGGGCAUGUCAUUGUUACACCACUAGGUGUCAGCGUCGAGUCACGUUGGCUUCUACGCAGCAGCGCUCUCGCAUAACGGAGGUAUGACGUCAGAUGUCAACAGGACGCAAGCGUCUCCGCUCAGCCAAUCAGCGCCGACUCUCACGGACCCUGGUAAAGAUGGCGACGGCGGAGCAUCGGGGAGUUGUAACCAGACGCUUUGCCGUUACCAAACACCGUAGGUCCCGUCACCGCAAGGACUGAAACGGCAGCGGGAGCGACGGUUCAUCGACCCGUUCGUCGGCCGCAGCUCUCCGUGUGGUGUCGCCGCGGGCCUGCUCGCUUUUGUUUUCGGUUUCCUCUGCAGUCGCCUCGGUCAAGCUCGUUAGCUUCAAGUUGGAGAGCCAGCGCUAGCUGGGGGCUAGCUGUGUGGCUGCAGCCGCUACUCGGCUCCUUCUCUGGCGCAUCGAUGGAUCGAGAGCCCGGCCGGGUGUAAACACCGGGGCCGCCUGUAGCUCUUCAAAGUUUUUUAAUUUUUUUUACGAGAACAGCCGCCCAUGCGUCACUCGGGUUGAACAUACCUCAGGUGGAGGGGGGAACCAGAGGGCUCCGACACUGCUGCGACACCGUUUAGCGGUGUCGAGGCACAGAUUUGACCGCCGUCAUGUAUUUUCUCACCGGCUGGCCCCGGAGGCUGCUCUGCCCGCUGCGGAGCGAAGAGGAGCCCUUCCACAUCCAGCCCAGCUCCCAGAGGUUCUACUUCGCCGUGUUGUCGGAGACGCAGCUCAGCGUCUGGUUCAGUCGGCCCAGUGUUCUGAUAGUCAGCUAUAUCGAGUCUGCAAAGGCAGCCGCCCAAUUUGGCUUCUACCAGAAGGCAGAAUGGAAACCAGACGACUCCAUGAUAGCUGUGGCGACUGCCAAAGGAUACAUCCUCCUGUUUGACGUGCUGGGUGGAGGGGAUGACAAGUACCUCUAUGAGCCUGUCUAUCCAAAGGGAAGUUCACGUGUGAAAGUGACCCCAGGUUAUAAGGAAGAGCAAUGUGCCCCUGCCCUGUCUUUAGAGAUGAAGAAGCCUGUGGAUCUGGAGGCCCCCAUCACCAGUCUGCAGUCCCUCCAGGAGGACUUGCUGGUGUGCACGGCAGACGGCUACCUCCAUGUGCUGCACUGGGACGGGCUGGGAAGUAACGGACGCAAGGCCAUCUGCCUUACUACGAUCCCUUUCUCGCUGGACCUGCAGUCUGCUCGAGGUGGUCCCUCUCUGGACCUGGAGGGAGUGUAUAUCCGUUGCAUGGAGUAUUGUCUGACCCUGGACGGGUUCGCCGUGGUUCUGAGCGAUGGACGCCUGGGUUUCAUCACACCGCUUAACAACACCAUCACCGCAGACCAGCUGCAGGGUGUCUCUGCGGCAGAUGUCACUGAUGGCACCUGUGUGGCUGUCAACAACAAGUACAGACUGAUGGCCUUUGGCUGUGCCAGUGGCUCAGUGCUCGUGUACAUGAUCGACACUGCAACGGGGUCCAUGCAGCUCUCCCACAAGCUGGAGCUCACACCAAAACACUACCCAGACAUCUACAACAAGACGGGCCCGGUCAAACUCAUCUGCUGGUCACCUGACUACAGUGUUGUCAUGGUUACAUGGGAGUGCGGUGGCCUAUCCCUGUGGAGUGUCUUCGGAGCUCACCUCAUCUGCACUCUAGGAGAGGAUUUUGCGUAUCGUUCUGAUGGUACCAAGAAGGACUCCAUUAAAAUCUGCUCUAUGAGCUGGGGAGCAGAGGGCUACCACCUGUGGGUGCUCCCUAACAAACAAGAGAGAAAACGGCAGGAAGAGCAGCAGGAGGAGGAGAUGGAGAUGGUGGAACCUCCUCAGUCCUCCCUGCAGGCCGGAAUACUGCAGUUCCAAUUCAUCAAGAGUGCCCUCACAGUCAACCCCUGCACAAGCAACCAGGAGCAGGUGUUACUCCAUGGUGAAGACCGCCUCUACCUGACCUGCGGUGACCCCUCGCAGGUCCACACCACCUCUGACUCGCACACACACUUGCACCCAUGCGAUGGCAGCCCAAUGCACCACGCCCCCAAACCCGAAUCCUCUCUCUCUCAGGGACUCAGCACUUUACUGGGACACAAGCACUGGCACGUGGUCCAGAUCCACAGCACAUACCUAGAGAGCAACUGGCCGAUAAGGUUUGCAGCCAUAGACACAGCAGGCCAGUGCAUGGCUGUAGCAGGAAGGCGGGGUUUUGCACACUACUCCUUAUUCACAAGGAAAUGGAAGCUGUUUGGAAAUAUCACUCAGGAGCAGAACAUGACGGUGACGGGAGGUCUGGCUUGGUGGAACGACUUUGUGGUGGUGGCCUGCUACAAUUUUAUAGACCAGCAAGAGCAGUUGAGGCUCUAUCAACGCUCUUCCAACCUGGACAAUGCCUUCGCCUCGGUCACUAAGCUGCACUCAGACACUCUGCUGCUCAACGUCUUCAGAGACAUGGUCAUCUUGUUUCGAGCCGACUGCUCCAUCUGCCUCUAUAGCAUUGAGAGGAGGAAUGACGGCCCAAACCCGUCAGCAAGCGUGGAGCUGCUGCAGGAGGUGUCGAUGUCUCGCUACAUCCCUCACCCGGCCCUCGUAGUCUCUGUCACACUCACAUCCGUGCGUACAGAGACGGGCAUUACAUUGAAAGCCCCGCAGCAGGCCUGCAUGGCAGAAAGCAUCAUGUUGAAUCUGGCUGGCCAGUUGAUCAUGCUACAGCGGGACCGCUCAGGUCCACAGGUACGAGAGAAGGAGACACCUGCUAACAACAAGAAGCUGCUACCAUUUUGUCCUCCUGUGGUGUUGGCCCAGUGUGUGGAGAAUGUGUGGACCACCUGUCGCUCCAACAGGAAGAAGCGCCACCUCCUGGAUGCCCUGUGGUUGUCAUGCGGCGAAGCAGGCAUGAAAGUCUGGUUGCCUCUGUUCCCCCGGGACCACCGCAAGCCCCACUCCUUCCUCUCCAGACGCAUCAUGCUGCCAUUCCACAUCAACAUCUAUCCUCUGGCUGUACUGUUUGAGGAUGCCCUGGUACUGGGGGCAACCAAUGAGGCUGUGCUCUACGAUGGACUGCAGGGAUCAGCAGAGCCACUGGAGGCGCUCUUUCCCUACUGCACAGUAGAGAGGACCUCCCAGAUCUACCUCCACCACAUCCUUAGGCAGCUGCUGGUUCGCAACCUGGGUGAACAGGCUUUGAUGCUGGCUCAGUCAUGUGCCUCCCUCCCCUACUUCCCCCAUGUCAUGGAGCUGAUGGUGCAUGUGGUCCUGGAAGAAGAGGCAACAUCACGGGAGCCCAUCCCAGACCCUCUGCUGCCCACUGUGGCCAAGUUCAUCACAGAGUUCCCCCUUUUCCUUCAGACCAUUGUCCACUGCGCCAGGAAGACGGAGUACGCAUUGUGGAACUACCUGUUUGCUGCUGUGGGAAACCCCAAAGAUCUGUUCGAGGAGUGUCUCAUGGCUCAAGACCUGGACACAGCAGCCUCUUAUCUGAUCAUACUGCAGAACAUGGAGGUUCCAGCAGUGAGCAGGCAGCACGCCACCCUACUCUUCAACACAGCGUUGGAACAGGGCAAGUGGGACCUGUGUCGGCACAUGAUCCGAUUCCUCAAAGCCAUCGGUUCAGGGGAGAUGGAGACUCCGCCCCCAACACCCACCACUCAGGAACCCAGCUCAACUGGAGGUUUUGAGUUCUUUAGAAAUCGCAGCAUUAGUUUGUCUCAGUCGGCAGACUCCAUCACUACAGGAAAGUUCAACCUGCAGAAGACCUUCAGUAUGCCCACUGGACCCUCUGCUAAAGGUCGAGAUGUGGAGUGUGCAGAAAACAUGUAUAUUGAUAUGAUGCUGUGGCGUCACGCCCGACACCUCCUGGAGCAGGUGCGCCUCCGCGACCUGGGGUGCUUCUCGGCACAGCUGGGCUUCGAGCUCAUUGGCUGGUUGUGCCGCGAACGGAACCGCGUGGCUCACGUUGAUGAUUUUGUUUCGGCAUUGAAAAGGCUCCAUAAGGAUUUCCUCUGGCCGUUUCCUGUUAUUCCCGUGGGAAGCCUCAGCUCGCCCCUGAAGAACGGACGGUGUCGCACAGUGCUGAGCACACGGCUGUUGAAGUCGCAGUCAGCUGACAGCCUGUUGAACAGUGACAUGGACACAGUGCCCCCGCAGGCAGAUCCCUCCAACAACACCUGGCUGGACGGGCUCGGGCAGGGGGCCAAAGACAUGGACACGGCCUCGUCGGCUCACUCCAACCAGCACUCACCACAGACACACGACGCCUUCCUGUCUCUGCUCACCAACAAAGUGGAGGAGUACAGCAUCGGCUCGGCCACAGACCUCACAGAAACCAGCUCAGUGGUGGAUGGCGAUUGGACGAUGGUCGACGAGAACUCGUCCACUCUGAGCCUGAGCCAGGCCGAGCUGGAGCACAUCUCCAUGGAGCUCGCAAACAAGGGCCCGCACAAGUCCCAGGUGCAGCUCAGGUACCUGCUCCAUGUGUUCAUGGAGGCGGGCUGUCUGGAGUGGUGCGUAGUGAUAGGUUUGAUCCUGCGGGAUGCAAACGUGAUCAAGCAGGUGAUCAGCUUCCUAGACAGCCCAGAGGUUCCCCAGGAAACCGUGCAGUAUGUCCGGAACGGCUUAUUGGCUGUCGACACAUGGGCCUCCACUGACUGCCUGGGAUACAAACCAUUUCUCAACCUGAUCCAGCCGCAGCUGCAGCAGCUGAUGGACUCGACGUCGGAGCAGGUGUUGCCUGAAGCCUUCCAGCCAACCAGCCAGAGCUCCAAACUCGGAGGCUCUGAAGGUCUGGGAGGCGCUGCCGCUCCCCGACCCGAGGACAGCAGAGGAGCGACGGCUCCAAUGGGCCUGUCGCUGCCCUCCCUCGAACCUGCGGGAGGUUUUCCUCGCCCCCCCUCUGAGGACAGUCCCCCAGAACAGACAGAGGAGCAGGGGGACGAGGAGGGAGCCUACGACUGCACCCUGUCCUGAAGCCAGGGGCCUCCUCUGGACUCCAACCUGUGAACUCGAGCACCCGGAGGAGGCGGCAGCAACUGCAGUGGCUGACUGGAAAUUGACUUAAUUUGUGUGCGUGAGUGUGUUUGCAAGCAUGCACGGAAAUUACGUCUUGCAGGUUCUUACAGUAUUACCCACUCUUCAGAUUUGCCCUUGGUGUCGACUAGAGUCCCUGUGGAUGCUGAGCUACCAAGAGAGCAGCAGAGCCCGACUGACACAGAGAUGUCGCAGCACAACAGGAUGGGAAUCAUCUGCCGUCCAACAGGCCUCAUUUUACCAAAUGUUCUGUUAGAAACAAGGUCGCCAGUGGGUUGUGGUGUUUGGAAGCUGUGGACCAGCGCAGGAAGGCACCAGGUUUUUAUUCCAAAACUAAUCGUGUGGCACUCGUUCAAGUGCUAUCGGAAAUCUUGAUUUUAUUUUUUGUCAGCGUCUUGUUGUUUCCUUUGGUUGAAUCAAACGGUACAAGAAUCAGCUCAGAGACAAACAACCGGAGUGUGUUCGAUCGAUCGCAGCAUCAUGCUACAUUCUGCUACUCAUCACGUAGAACAAAGCUCUAUAGCCGUGAACCAUUUUCAAGAUGCACUGAAGUGUGUCUGAGCCUGAAGUGUGCGCACAAGAGGUGUUUCAUACUUUUCAUACCUCAUCUGACUUCAAAAUAUUUUUGUGAUACCUUUUUCAAUAAUGUAACAGUGUACAGGAUGACAUUAUUUUUCUAAGUACACCCUGUCCCUCUUUAAAAAGUUCAUGGUAUGAAUUCUAUGUAAUUCAGUGAUGAGAAGUGAUGAAGAUCUUAGAAGAAAACGGUCUCUGGAGAAGAAUCUGUGGUUGCGAGUGCAGACGUGUUUUACCACUGAUCAGUACCUCUCUCUGUUCAUGUAUUUUUCAUGCACCCAUGCCCCCCCCACCUCCCCGUCUUUGAUGAAGUGGAGGCGUAAAAAAAUUGUUUGAAUUGGGAGUUGGGACCCAGGUCCAGGUUUUUAAAAAAUCAAAGUCGCUCAGUGUUCCGCAGGUGAGCGGAUUUAAAAGUGACACAUCCUGCUCACGUUCAGGUUCAUCGUUUUAAUUUGUGUGACUGUUUGAAAAGGUUUAACUGCUCUAAUGUUCAGAAAACUCAUCACUGUCCUGAUAAUGUCUGAUGCUGCAGCUCCUCUUUUCAGCCUCUGUCUGAAACACCCCGACGUCAUACGUUGCUGCAUUGUGCUUCAGCUAUGGCACCGUUUCAAAAAUGCAAAUGCAAAGCAAAUAUCGGGGGUCGAAGUUCAUCGAAGUUAUCAACCGUCACAAUGAGGCUGGAGAGAGGAGGCGGAGCUGGUGAAGCUGGUGUGUGCUCAUCUCGUGCGUGAUGCAAAUAUCGGGGCGUCUUGACGUCAUGUGACAUUAGAGCGUUGAAGUUUCAGCAGGACUGUUGACGGGGUGUCGCCUUUGCCGCAGGUUUUUUAACUUUGUAGAACUUUUACAUUCACACAGAAUAAACAUUUAACAGACCAGAGGAAGGAAAACCUGAAGAAGCAUCAUACGUCUCCUUUAAAGCUGUAGAGUAAAAAAAGGUCUUGGGCGACACGUGAAGUGAAAACCAAAUCCUGACACUUUGUUUUUUCAGUCGGCUCGCUAAGAUCAUGUUAUUGAAGCCGUCUUACUCUGCAGGUUUUGGGACAUGUCCCUUUGCUGUAGGAGGACAAUUUGAUCUCAGUGUUCACAGUGACGCGUCGGUAUCGUUCUGACAAAGAGGAUGAAAUUGAAUCAUCGUUGUCUCGACCGUAGUUGUGUAAUCGAACCUUCAUCAUCUGAUCAGGACAAACAUUUCACUCAGUCCAUCGAACAUAUCAAAUCCCUGAAGCAGUUGCUCCGCCUGCUUCUGUGUGGAUUUAUUCAACGCGUGUACCACAUUGUAUUGUUGACGGACUUUGACAUGUUUGGUGACUUUCAUCACAUGGGCUUGAUUUUAUUAUAUUAGUCAUCAUUAUUAACUUUUAUUUAUUGGCAUUAUAGCUGAAUGAUCUUUGCUGAAUUGAUACCUGGACGUGUGCUUGUAUUUUUUUUAUGACUGAUGACUUUUCAUCCUUUUAGUUAAUCAAAGUCAUGUAUUGGCUCCAUAAGCACUAAAAGGUUUAUCACAGUUACGUCAGUAUUACGUCAUGCGAUGCAUUGAAAUGUUACUCCGCUUAUUUUUUUCUUCUAAGUUUUUUGUUUUUACUUUUCAUGAUAGACCAAAUCAUGCUAUUAGAAACGUGUUUGCUCUCUUGUGCGUUUAUACAAGACGAGUUGAAAGUCAAGAUUUCCUCUGUGGUUUCUGUCUUCUCCUCUAACAAAAGGGCAAAUUGACUUUCCACCGAUGUACUGUUGUAACUCGGCCUAAACCCUGUUUUACCCUCGUCCCCGCCCUGAACGAGCCUACAGCUCCACCUCGCUGCUCCGCUGUAAGCUUUUACUUGACUUGAAAAAAAACAAAACACGGUGACUUGAUGAACCAAAGACUUAACGUCCAGAGGCCUUCUGUUUUAAGCAAUCGCUUCGAUCGAGCGCUUGAGUCAUUAUGCAGAGGGAAGAAAACCUCACAAACACGUAACCCAUCCCUCUCAUCGGAAACAACCAUCAAUGCUCAGAAACGUAACUCUCUCUUUACGAAGAUCAGUAUUUCAGAUCUUUGGUGGUUUCCUUCUCUGCAGGCGAGGAGUGGGUCAGCCAGGUGCGUCUCGUGGUACUUUCUCGGGGUCACACGUUCACUCAGACGUGGACAGUUCACCCUCCCUCCGGUGUACAGUGUAAAAGUGUUGUUUCUUCGGCAGGAGCAGCAGAUAAUCCUCAAUGCAGUGUAAAGAAACUCUUGUACAUUUGCCUUUUCUACUCAUGUUUGGUUUUCUACUUUACAGUUUUUUUCCCUUGUACAUAAAGAUCAAUAAAUUAUUUUUAAAAAUG